UGCCAAGACUCUACGAGGAUCAAGUGAGCUCUUUCUUUACAUUUUCUGUGCGCUGAAUAUCUUUUAGCUAUGAUUGCAGAAGUAUUUCUCAUUCUUGCAGGACACGAGUCGUCUUUGUUUCCCACCGACCACAAACUACAUCCGGCUUUUCUUCCUCUUCUUCAUCCAGGCGAGCAACAGUGCCUCGAGUCCCUAGGUCAAACCUCAUUUCGGUACCGAAAAUUGAAGAAAUCAUGCGUCACCCUCUCUCAGUCGCAAUCACGCUAUAUAUGUGCACUUUGUGCGGCACUCAGCCGCAUACUCAAGGACGAGUAUGAGGCCCUUGUCAUCUCCACAGAAGAAAAGGUUCUCAGACUGGAAUCGUUUGUACCAUUAUCCUCAGUUCGCGCCAUUUUCGCCGAGUGGGACGCGCCUUUCGCUGCUUUGCUUUCAUUGAUGGAUGAAAUCGAGGUAGUACCCCACUGGAAACCUGGACCCCUCAUCGAUCUCCUCCUAAAGCGAUCAAAGACAGGAGUUAGCAGAGUAGCCAGUAUUCUGUCUCGACUGUCUCUUGCAGUUCAAAGUGUUUGGAGAACACAACUCACUGCGUUUAUUGUACAUGGAUCCCUCGCUGCCGUGGAUCCUCUCGCAUCAGAAUCCUAUGUCCUCCUCGAUGGAAGCGUGCCGGCCUGUGUUUCGCCCCAAUCACGAGAGUCCAUCGCAUAUGUCGGACGCGCCAUAGCAACAGUAAAAGCCGCCAAGAAGCAUACCUCUCUUCUUGAACAAGUCUUUCCGGAAGAUCGCCAUCCAUUUGACAAUGUUAUAGCACAAAUCAGGACCAGUGUUAGCGAGUGGUUAUGGCUAAACGUCUUGACCCGUAAAGACGUCGAUGAUGCCGUCGAUUCUUUAGCAAAUUACUUCCUCUUACGCAACGGAGAGUUCAGUUUAUCCCUCAUACGAGAAAUUGAACGUAUGAAAAUUUCUCGGCUGACCAUGCAUUCGGGCUCGGCAAUGAUUCGCGAACAAGAUCUGAACCUUGCCUUGUUACGAGCAUCACUUGGGACAACCGCCCAACACGACCCUUCCCUUUCUCACCUCCGAUUCUCUAUGCCUGCCUGUUUGCUAGGUACUCCUCUUGAUCUCACUUAUAUUGUAUCUUGGCCGCUAGACUUAUUUCUUCAUGCAUCCGAUCUCGCUGCAUAUGGAACUCUUUUUGCUUAUUUGUCUUCUCUAAGGAAGACCCAUAUUCGGAUACACUCGUGCUGGACCUCUCUAUCGAACUCCCAACGUGCAAGGCGACGUUGGACAGGUUUAGGGGAGGGAGGCACUGUUGAGGACUUAAAGGCCAGAGCAGAGCUCCUGAGAUGCGGGUGGGGUGUCAUUCGUGACAUGGGCUGGUUCUUGGACACAUUUCUGGGAUAUGUUAUGAUGGAUGUCAUUGACGUGGAAUACGGGCGCUUGAAGAAAAUGUUGGGACAGGAUGGUAACCGGGGACUGCCAAACUCCUCUAGCUCCAUGCAGUCUCUUGCGACUUCCUCGGGCCCGCUACCGCCAUCAAUUAGUACGGUCAACCAGACUCUAGACUUUACAAGUCUUCGCGCUAUCCAUUCGACAUAUCUUGAUCGAUUAUUAACAGGAUGCCUGUUAGCCAAUUCUUCACUCACUGCCAUUCUCCUCCCCAUAUUUGAAGUCUGCGAACGGUUCGUUGCCCAGGUAGAGCGGUGGGGUGGCGAUAUUCUUCCCGCCCUCUUAUUUGAAGGUAGUUUGAAAGGGGAGGACGAGGAGGUUGGUGCAAUGGUGAAGGAACGUCAUCAGAUUGUUUUUGAGAUCAAGGAGACGCUUCAUGGCUUAUUAGGCUCAUUUUAUGAUCAACUCUCGUUAUCAACGUCGCAGCAGCCAUUCACGACCAUGGACACAUCAAAAUCGAUACUCAUGAACACGAGCGUUGCUAACUAUACCAGCUAUAAUGUUUCGAAGAUGGCAAAAGGGUCAGAGGGUGUGCCGGCGGACGUUCGUCGACAUGUUGAACGGCUAUUGCUGCGUUUAGAUUUCAACAAUGGUUUCUCAAAUCCUCGUUUAAAGGAGAAGAAGGAAACGGAUAUUCUUGGUCAAGGUGGUCUAGCGUAG